UAUAAAAAGUUGUGAUUUAUACAAAUUUAAUAAAUAUGAAAUCAAUCCAAUCUUCAUCAGUAGCUAAGAAUGAAAUCUGAAAGGAAUCUCAGAAGAUGAGCCAAGAGAAAGUUGAGAAACACCUUGAGGAGUGAGACUUUAUUGAAGAAGAGCCCUCAGCUUUAUGAGCAAAGAAGAAACUGCAUGCUUCUGGAUUUAAUCACUCUGUUAAGAAUGUUCUGGUAUGCAACAAAGGCAAACCACUAACAAGCGAGAAGAAACUUGUGAAUAAGAACUACAAAGAGAAGAUUGAUAAGCUAUUCUGCGAAGAUAUCCAAGACAUUGACUUGUCUUCAGUUUCUCUAAACUCAGACGGAAGCGUCUCUUGAGAAGGAGAGUAUGCUAUUUUUAUCUCCCCAAAUAAAAGAAGUACUUUUAAGAAGCAAUCUUCAUUGAAGAAGGAUUGCUUUCCCUCCUUUUUGAAGCUUCACAAGAAGUCAUCAAUGAGGACUAACAUGAAAAACAUUACGGAGUCUGUCAGGAGCAAUGAUGUAUCAUCUCCUGAGUUAAUGAAGAGACUCCUUUGCUAAUAACUUUUAAUAUCUAAUAGAUCAUUUACUGUAA